AUGGCCAUGGCAAGUUUCAGCGUGAAGCAGAAUAGUAGGUUGUCCAAUUUGGUGGGCUACAGACUGCGGAUUAUCAGUCAGGAUGGCAGAGUCUAUAUCGGAGAGCUGAUGGCGUUUGACAAACACAUGAACGUUGUAUUGAAGAACUGCACGGAAGAGAGGGUUCCCAGAACACAGAUUGAUAAGUUGCGAAGAGACCUGACAGACACGGCCGUCAAAGUGGAAAAGCGAGUGCUGGGACUGACCAUACUAAGAGGCGAACAGAUACUGUCGACAGUAGUGGAGGACAAACCAGCGCUGACGAAGAAGGAGAGACUGGCCGGGGUCGAGAAACAACAGAAAAAAAUCCAGAAGCAACGAAGACAGCGAUCCAAGAAUAAGAGCAGCGGUGUGAACAAGCCUCCGUCCAACAGGUACGCCACGGGAACAAACGGACUACCACACGAUGCACUGCCUCAAAAGAGGAAAUUUCAGCCGCCGCCGGGAUUCAAGAAAAGACAAGAUGUGGGAAGGUGA